CAACGACAUGUUUCAAUCUGGCUUGGCUUUUGGAGCUUUCUAGGGCGCUGUUUUGGGAUAACUCGUGAAAGUCUGGAUACCCGAUACCGCCGCCUAUAAGCUCCCCUCUCCCCCGAACUUCCUCUGUAGACCUUCCCCCCCCCUCCUCCUAGUUCUCACCCUCCCUCCCCCAACACACUUUAGUGGUCAUCCAGUAUGGCUACGCUUGCAAUCGACAAGAAUGCCUCGUCGGCCAUUGACGACAAUGACUUUGACGAGGGCGAGCAUGGCGAGCAUCACCCCCACAGGAACUCUGUGCACCACAAGCUGCGGGCGAGCAGCUCCAUCAUGCAGCUGAAGAAGAUCUUGGUCGCCAACCGAGGAGAAAUCCCUAUCCGUAUUUUCCGCACAGCCCACGAGCUGUCACUGCACACCGUGGCCGUCUACAGUCAUGAGGACCGUCUCAGUAUGCACAGGCAAAAGGCCGACGAGGCCUACGAAAUUGGGGCGCGCGGCCAGUACACACCCGUGGGUGCGUAUCUCGCCGGCGACGAGAUCGUCAAGAUUGCCGUCCAGCACAACGUGAACAUGAUUCACCCGGGCUAUGGCUUCCUCUCGGAGAAUGCGGGCUUUGCGCGCGCUGUUGAGAAGGCCGGUCUCAUUUUCGUAGGGCCCUCGCCCGAUACCAUCGACGCGCUCGGCGACAAAGUCUCGGCGCGAAGACUGGCUAUCAAGUGCAAUGUGCCCGUCGUGCCUGGAACUCCCGACCCCGUGGAGAAGUACGAGGAUGUCAAGGAGUUCACCGACGAGUUUGGCUUCCCCAUCAUCAUCAAGGCCGCUUUCGGUGGUGGUGGCCGUGGUAUGCGUGUAGUGCGCAAGCAGGAAGAGCUCAAGGACGCGUUUGAGCGCGCAACAUCAGAGGCCAAAUCCGCUUUCGGCAACGGCACCGUCUUCGUCGAGCGCUUCCUCGACAAGCCUAAGCACAUCGAGGUCCAGCUGCUUGGUGACAAUCUCGGCAAUGUCGUCCACUUGUACGAGCGUGACUGCUCCGUCCAGCGUCGCCAUCAGAAGGUCGUCGAGAUUGCUCCGGCAAAGGAUCUUCCUGUAGAGACCCGAGACGCCAUCCUGGCUGACGCUGUUAGGCUGGCCCAGUCAGUCAAGUACCGCAACGCAGGUACUGCCGAGUUCUUGGUCGACCAACAGAAUCGAUACUACUUCAUAGAGAUUAACCCUCGCAUCCAAGUCGAGCAUACCAUCACCGAGGAGAUUACAGGUAUCGACAUUGUCGCCGCACAGAUCCAGAUUGCCGCCGGUGCAUCUCUUGAGCAGCUUGGCCUGACCCAGAACCACAUCUCCACACGCGGCUUUGCUUUCCAAUGCCGUAUCACCACAGAAGACCCCAGCCAGCAGUUCGCACCAGAUACGGGCAAGAUUGAGGUGUACCGUUCCGCUGGCGGUAACGGAGUCCGUCUCGACGGUGGCAACGGAUUCGCUGGUGCCAUCAUUACUCCACACUACGACUCCAUGUUGGUCAAGUGCACAUGCCGUGGCUCUACAUAUGAGAUCGCCCGCCGAAAGAUGCUUCGUGCGCUCGUCGAGUUCCGUAUCCGUGGUGUCAAGACCAACAUCCCCUUCUUGAUUAAGCUCCUCACAAACCCCACCUUCGUCGAGGGCCAAUGCUGGACGACAUUCAUCGACGACACCCCUGCCCUCUUCGACCUCAUUGGCUCCCAGAACCGUGCCCAGAAACUGCUCGCGUACCUUGGUGAUCUCGCUGUCAACGGCAGUCAGAUCAAGGGCCAAAUUGGUGAGCCCAAGUUCAAGGGCAUCAUCCCCAUUCCCAAGAUCGUCGACAAGGACGGCAAGACAGUCGAUACGUCUGUACCUUGCACUGAAGGAUGGAGGAAUGUCAUUCUGAAGGAUGGCCCUGAGGGCUUUGCGAAGGCUGUCCGUGCCAACAAGGGCUGCCUGAUCAUGGACACCACCUGGCGUGAUGCCCACCAGUCUCUCCUCGCUACCCGUGUGCGAACUGUUGACCUGCUCAACAUCGCCAAGGAGACCAGUCAUGCAUUCUCCAAUGCCUGGGCCCUGGAGUGCUGGGGCGGUGCGACCUUCGAUGUCGCCAUGCGUUUCCUCUACGAGGAUCCCUGGGAGCGCCUGAGGAAGAUGAGGAAGCUUGUACCCAACAUCCCCUUCCAGAUGCUUCUUCGAGGAGCCAACGGUGUUGCAUAUUCGUCUCUUCCCGACAACGCCAUCUACCACUUCUGCGAGCAAGCUAAGAAGAACGGUGUCGACAUUUUCCGUGUCUUUGAUGCUCUGAACGACGUCGAGCAACUCGAGGUCGGUGUUAAGGCCGUCCUCAAGGCAGGUGGUGUCGCUGAAGCUACAGUGUGCUACUCGGGAGAUAUGCUGAACCCCAAGAAGAAGUACAACCUUGAGUACUACCUCGAUGUUGUUGAGAAGAUUGUCGGCAUGGGCGCUCAUAUCCUUGGUGUCAAGGACAUGGCCGGUGUUCUAAAGCCCCGUGCUGCCCGCCUGCUCAUUGGUGCUAUCCGCAAGAAGUACCCCGACCUUCCCAUCCACGUCCACACUCACGACUCUGCUGGUACAGGUGUUGCGUCCAUGGCUGCGUGCGCUGAAGCUGGUGCCGAUGCUGUCGACGCUGCUAUUGACAGCAUGUCGGGUAUGACUUCCCAGCCCAGCAUUGGUGCUAUUCUUGCAUCCAUCGAGGGCACCGACUAUGAUGCCGGCCUCGACGUUCACAUGAUCCGCAACCUCGACGCCUACUGGGCUCAGCUUCGUCUGCUCUACUCGCCGUUCGAGGCUGGUCUUACCGGACCUGACCCCGAGGUGUAUGAGCACGAGAUUCCUGGUGGUCAGCUCACCAACCUCAUCUUCCAGGCUUCUCAGCAGGGUCUUGGUGAGCAGUGGGCUCAGACAAAGAAGGCAUACGAGGAGGCCAACGACCUGCUCGGCGACAUCGUCAAGGUCACGCCCACGUCCAAGGUUGUCGGUGACUUGGCGCAGUUCAUGGUCUCCAACGGCCUGUCCCACGACGACGUCAUCGAGAAGGCCGAGAAACUCGACUUCCCCUCGUCGGUGCUGGAGUUUUUCGAAGGUCUCAUGGGCCAGCCGUACGGCGGGUUCCCCGAGCCUCUCCGCACGCACGCCCUCCGCGACCGAAGGAAGAUGGACAAGCGCCCUGGCCUGUACCUCGAGCCCGUCGACAUCGCAAAGGUCAAAGCGGACCUCAAAGCCAAGUGGGGCGACGCCACCGAGUGCGACGUCGCAUCCCAAAUCAUGUACCCCAAGGUGUUUGAGGACUACAAGAAGUGGACCACCAAGUACGGCGACCUGUCCGUCCUGCCAACGCGCUACUUCCUCUCCCGCCCCGAGAUCGGCGAGGAAUUCCACGUCGAGCUCGAAAAGGGCAAGGUGCUCAUCCUGAAGCUCCUCGCUGUCGGCCCCCUCUCCGAACAAACCGGCAUGCGCGAAGUCUUCUACGAAAUGAACGGCGAGACGCGCACUGUCACCGUCGAGGACCAGCACGCUGCUAUCGAGAACGUUAGCCGUCCCAAGGCGGACCCUAAUGAUAGCAGCCAGGUCGGCUCGCCCAUGUCGGGUGUCUUGGUCGAGGUCCGUGUCCAUGACGGUAGCGAUGUUAAGAAGGGUGACCCGAUUGCUAUCCUUAGCGCUAUGAAGAUGGAAAUGGUUAUUUCGGCUGCGCACUCGGGUAAGGUUAGCAACUUGUCUGUUCGCGAGGGCGACUCGGUCGACUCGGGCGAUUUGGUUUGCAAGCUUGUUAAGUAG